GGGUCAAAAUACAAGAAAACACACACACGCGCGCACACACACACAUGACAUCAUUUGUUAGUCUUUAAAAACAUUUCCUGUCCUCCUGAGACUGGCUUGUGUGCAUGAAGAGACUGCACCCAGGACUAAACAGCAGAGAGCGCUUGUCCGACAUGUCUCAACCGGCAAAGGAAGAAGGAGGAAUGCAGCGUCCCGCAGGGAGAGAAGACCACCUGACUGACGACCAGGAGAAAGUGGCGAACAGCGGACCAAAGAAGAGCAAGACACUGCAAGUCAUGGAAGAUUGUGAGAAAAGGGGUGAAGUCGCUCCGUCCGUCUUUGGCGGCGUGAAGUCAGGAGGAAACACGACCUCAGCCAGGAAGUAGAUGUGCGACGUCACUUUCCCUCCCCAAGACCAGGCAGGCACUUUUUCACUCUUUUUUUUAUAUUCAUACACAAAAUGUCUGAGUUGGUGUUGUGGUCGCACAACACAAAGGUGCUGCCGACAUAUUAGGAACACAUGUCAACAAUAAUAAUAAAACGUCUCCCAUGACAAUGACAAGUUA